AUGGCCUCUCCUUUCCGCCUUAUGCGACCUAUCUCCCAGGUUGCUCGAUCUGGCGUCGUUUCUUUCGCAGCCCGACCUUUCUCCAGCACAGCCGCGCGAUUCGCUGUCCAGGAUAUCAAGACAACCAAGGAGUUUAAGGACCUCGUUUCCGCAACAGACAAGGCUGUCCUUGUUGACUGCUUUGCUACCUGGUGUGGUCCUUGCAAGGCUAUUUCUCCCAUCCUCAGCAAGCUGUCCGAACAACCUGCUCUCUCUGAUAACAUUGAAUUUGUCAAGUUUGAUGUUGAUGAGCUGCCUGACCUGACUGCCGAGUUGGGCGUUCGCGCCAUGCCAACUUUCUUCGUCUUCAAGGGCGGCAAAAAGGUCGAUGAGCUGGUCGGUGCUAACCCCCAGGCUCUUCAGUCUAUGCUUGCCAAGCAUGCUAGUUAA